AUGACUGUCGAGAGCCGCCGUAACUGGAAAUGUACCUGCUUAACUAAUGUGAUAAAAAAGCAAAGUAGCUUUAUACGCAAUGAUUCGAAAACAACAUCAAUUUCGUCAAUUCCAAUAAAUAAUUCCUUUGAAGUAUUGUCUGAUCUCUCUUGUGACGAUGAUAAUGAAAAUGAUUAUCUCUCACUUUCAUCGGAUAGGUUAUGUAAUAGAAGCUGCCCAGAAAAGUCGAUGAUCUAUAGUCAAGCGGACGAUAUGAGAAAAGAAAUUAUCGAUUUACGGACAAAACUUCAAAUAGCAGAAAGUGAAAUUGAGAAUUUACUUUCAGAAACUUAUAUGUUAAAAGAUAGAAUAAGAAGCCAUGAACAGAAAGCUAUACAAUUAAAAAAUCUAAGUCAAUUUACACCGAAUUCGCAAUCUACUAAACGAAAUAAGAUCAGAAGUCAUUUUAGUAAACAGAAACGGGAAGUAAAUGAUAGUGUAAUUGAACUUAAUACGCAUCAGCUGAAUACCUCCCCCAACAAACCAGAACUUAAAAACAAAAUGACACUACAAAAUGAUCGUAUGAAAUUUUCUAGUACACCAAAAACUCCUCCACAAAAUAAAGCGACAUCUUCUACGAACUUAAAAAUUCAACGAAACCAGUCCACCAGUCAAGAAUAUGAUACACUAAACACUGUAAAAAAGUCAACUAUCCAUAUAUUUGGGGAUGAAAGUGUGAGAGGGCUGUCAAUCAAACUAUCACAUACAAGGUCGGGUAAAUGGAAUGAUACAUAUAAAACAACGGCGCUAAUAAAGCCAAAUGCAUCGAGUACUCAAGUGGUAAAUAGCCUACUUAGUGAUGAAUAUACAUUUAAAAAGGACGAUAUUAUAAUUUUGUCUUUAGGUGGAAAUGAUAAAAAUCCUCAUUUACUGUACUCCAACCUGUGCAAUGUAUUAUUUAAAUUGAAAGAUAUUAGAAUAAUUUUAUUGUCUGUGCGUUAUAGUAAAUACCUAAAUAAAAAUGUAAUAAAUAAUCAUUUCAAAAUGUUGGUAGAAUGUUAUAAAAACUGUAAAUUUAUACAUGAAAGCGAUAAGUUACUUUCUCUAUAUUCGCUAUGUUUUAAAAUUAAUAUAGAAAUAGACUUUAUACGUUAUCAAUCUGAAUUUAUAGAUAAUGUUCACGCUCAUACGUCGCGUGAAUCUGUCAAAUGUUUUCGCUCCUAAAAUUUGUGCUUCUAUAAAAAUAAUAUCUCUCAAAGUGCUAAAAAUGUGAUAUGUAAGGAUAGUAGCGAUUUAAUUAUAUUUAAUCAAAAUAUAGGAGGCCUUUGUAAUAAGCUAGAUUUACUGAACAUUGCUAUUAAUGAAUUUAAAGAAAAUGGCAGGGAGGUAGAUAUAAUCUGCCU